UAGACGCCACACGGAUAGCAGCAGCAAAGCAGCGAAAUGGCAGCGAAAAGGAAGACUCCCGUGAAGACCAGAAACCCAGAUCUGGUACGUGGUGUGGGCAAGUAUUCCAGGUCCAAGAUGUACCAUAAGCGUGGCCUCUGGGCAAUCAAGGCAAAAAAUGGCGGUGUUUUCCCCCGCCAUGACCCCAAGCCUAAGUCCCCCGCUACCGCCGAGAAACCUCCUAAGUUUUACCCCGCUGAGGAUGUCAAGAAGCCGCUUCUUAACAAGCGCAAGCCUAAACCCACCAAGCUCAGAGCGAGCAUUACACCAGGGACGGUGUUGAUUUUGUUGGCUGGGAGGUUUAUGGGGAAGAGAGUUGUUUUCUUGAAACAACUUACUUCUGGUCUCCUUUUGGUAACUGGACCAUUCAAGAUUAACGGUGUUCCUCUAAGGCGAGUGAACCAGUCCUAUGUCAUUGCUACUUCUACCAAGGUUGACAUCUCAGGAGUGAACGUUGAAAAGUUUGAUGACAAGUACUUCUCCAAGGAAGUACAGAAGAAAAAGAAGAAGAGUGAGGGAGAGUUUUUUGAAGCCGAAAAAGAGGAUAAGAAGAAACUUCCGGAAGAAAAGAAAGAAAACCAGAAAGCUGUUGACGCCGCUUUAAUAAAGUCCAUUGAGGGAGUCCCAGACUUGAAGGCCUACCUCGCUGCAAGGUUUUCUCUCAAGUCUGGCAUGAAACCUCAUGAGCUAGUCUUCUAGAGGGUAUUUUGCAUUUUGUUAUGUUAAAGUGCUUUACUUUUGUAUUCUCUUGGUUUAGAUUAUCUGUGGUUUUAUUAUCGAAUGAUAUAGGUCUAAAACCUAAAUUGUGGGAUAGUACUUCUGUUAUGCAAGAACCUUUAAAAGUUUCCUUAA